AUGAAAUUUCUCGUUAGUUGUGUUGAUAACGGUUCAAUCAAAGAAGUCAUCUGUAAUAGAGGAUGUGAUACUUCUAUUGUAACAGCUCCUCAGCCGCUUUUCAAAAAAACUUCUCUGUCAGAAGGAUUAAAUAAUCAUAUUGAAAAAUUCUGUAUCGUCAAUAAAAAUUUGAUAUUGGCUGCUAGAAGUACUGGUGUCAUUGAGUUAUUAAAAAUCACUCAAGAUUUACCAACGGAAGAAGAUUUAAAAUUUAUUAAUUCUUCUGCUAUCAUUAAAGAUAUACCAACAAAACCCAUCACACAAACAGAAAAAAAUAAUGAGCAAAUGAACUCUAUACCUAUACUAGACGACUCUACAAAAGAAAAUCUAUUGAGCUUAUUUGAUAUAUCUAGUUUUGAAGUCUUAGAUAUUGUCUCUGGUUUAAUUGAUCAUAAAUUAUUAGAACCUCUAUAUGCCAAAUCUAAAAAGAGAACCAAAUUACUGGACGGGUUUGUAAAUUUAUCUCUUCUACCUAACUGUUCAAACAUGCUUGUAGCUGUAACUAAAUCUGGUAUGAUUCAUUUCUUGGAAAUCGAAGACAAUUUGGAAAAAUUGAAGAUCGUGAAUUCCUUAAAUGUUAAGGCUCCUUUAGAAUUUGCACAAUUUUAUGACAAUGAUAUCAAUAAUGAUUAUAAAGAUGGAUAUAUAAUGGCAUAUGGUGGUGAAGAAAAUUUGGUUAAAUUGAUUAAGAUUAAUAAAGAUCUAGGAGAGUUACAUCAAAUCUGGGAAGCUAAAAAUAUUAAAAAUGAUCGUUUAGAUUUAAGGGUACCAGUAUGGCCAAUGGCUUUAAAAUUCUUGAAUAAAUCUGAGACAAUAGAUAGUAAAGCGAAAACUUCCAACAAUGGACCAAAUUUAAAAUUCAUUUCAAUUACUCGUUAUUCACAUUUACUUAAAUAUGAUACAAAUCAUGGUCGUAAACCGUUUGAGUGUUUAGAUUUGCUACCAGAUAGGGAACCUUUAACUCAAUUAGAAACAUGCAGUGAUUCAGAGGAUUUCAAAUUGACCACCUUAGGUAAUAUCAAUUCCGAUGAUUUUAAUAAUUUUACUAUUUUUUCAACUGAUUUGAAAAGAAAUAUUUAUAAAUUUUCAUCUUUAAAUGGUCGUUUAUUGGGAAAAUUUGGUAAAAAAGAUAUUACUGGUUAUUCAACUAACAUAUCAAUUAAUAAUAAUAAAUAUUUAUUGCAAGGUGGCAUGGAUAGAUAUUUACGAGUCUAUGAUAUUUCUACUGGAAAAGUAAUAGUAAAGAUUUAUAUGAAUAGUAAAAUUAACUCAAUUAUAAUGCUGGAUGAUAGUGAAAUUGAAUUGCCGUUAUCUAAAGAAGAAGAGGAAAAACUUAAAAAAACCAAGACCAAAAAUUCAACGAAAAGAAAGCUAAGUCCAGAGGAAGAUGAAGAAGAUGUAGAAGAUUUAUGGAAAACAUUAGAUUUGGCAAAUAAGAAGAAAAAAGCUUAA